AUGGCCUUCUCUCCACAAUCUAGAGUAUGUUAUCCUGUUCAUGAAAACUCUGAAGAUCAACAAAGUAAGAUCAACAAAGAAGCUCCCGAUUCCACUAGGAUGAGCGAAGCAGGCGUUGAAGACUUUCAGACUAAAACUGAGGAAGAAACCAUAUACUGCAAUAUCUAUGACACCCAGCAGAUGGUGUGGGUCCUGGCAGGAAAUUCUUUAAUAGCAGUGCCUGCUAGCAGCAAUGUCAAGCCUGUCAUUCUAAGAAUGAUAGCAUGUAGAGACACAGAAUUCCAAGAUAAUGAAAAAGGUAAUCUAGUUUUUCUGGGAAUCAAGGGCAAAAGUCUUUGCCUGUUCUGUGCUGAAAUCGCGGGCACACCGACUUUGCAGCUUAAGGAUAUAGACAUCAUGACAAUUUACAAGGAGAGAAAAGCACAGAAAGACUUUCUCUUCUACCACAGCACAGAGGGCUCCACUUGUGCCUUCCAAUCAGUCUCCUAUCCUGGCUGGUUCAUAAGCACCCCUGCCACAGCAAGACAGACAGUCACCCUCACACAACAGAGGGGUAAAACUACUAGCACCAACUUCUACUUAGAGUCUGAAGAUUAAAGUCCAGCAUGGGCCAUAUGUGUCCAGGCCAAAGAAUCAAACUGCUGGAGAAUUCUUUACUUGAAAACACAGCAAGGCAUUGUAAAAGACCACUGUGUCACCUCUUCACCAGACGUCCAUGUUGAAGGGUCACUCAUCUGAACAUCAUUCCAGUGUGAAGCCUGAGAAUCACUUUUAUCCUUUUCUGAUCUUGUCCAACCAUCCAUUCAUCUACCAAGUACAGUCAAGUCACAGACUUACAUGCAACUCUCCCUCCCUGUUCUCACAGCAGCCCAUGGGCAGAGAUAUAGAUUCCAGUCAGUGCAAGAUUCUUCCUUCUUAACUUUACAUAUGCUUAUUGUAAAUAUGAUAAAUUCCAAAAAGAUAAAUGUCAAGAAUGAAGCAAUAUAAAAGAAGAUUUUAUGUGUCUUUCUGAUCGUGACAGAUUCAGAACAUCAUCAUUUAAUAAUUUGACGCACAGUAUAUACUUUUAUUAUGGUGACUGCUAACCAAAGUGAAUAUAAAAUGAAUCCAAAUUUCAGAGAGCUGUUUACAUUAAC